AAUUCGUGGUGGGUUGUACCUUCCCAGGGUUUAGCGAACAUGUUGUAAGAUUAAUUUGAGAACCGCGAGAUGUAUCAUAGGCAAUUAGGGAGCAUGCUUGUGUUCUCUGGCCAGUAGUUGAUGCAGUUGCGAGGGAUAUGUAUUUGAGUACGUUUCACCGAUGCAUGCUCAUCACAACGGAGGCUUUGAUAUACUAACUAGGCUAACUGAUGGACAACAGGUGGUGCUAAAUUGUAAUUUACUGUAGUGGGGCCUCGGAGAACAUCAUUUGGAAAUAUGCCACGUUUUUAUAAUAUUUGACUGAAUGACUGAGUGAUGGCGUUUCUGCUUAGGGCUCUAGUGCUACCUGUCUUCCUGUCCUCGGUGCCCUGGGUGGCAGGGUCAACGUUCACCCUGCUGCUGUCCUUGCCCAACACCUCCAUGCCCUUCAGUGUUGGCAGGAUCGGGGCAGGCGCCCUCAUCGCCAUCGACGCCGUGAACCGGAGUCCCGAUCUGUUGGCAGGGCAUUGGCUGGAGCAUGAAUACGUGGAUGACGAGUGUAGCGAUGUGAACGGCCCGGGGAAGAUAGUGGAGCUACUGCACAGACGGAACUACAGCGCUUUCAUCGGCCCCGCCUGCUCCGACGUGUGUGCGAUCACUGCCAAGCUGGCAGCCUUCUGGAACAUUCCCGUGGUCAGUCCCACCUGCGCAGACCAGCAAUUUCUCAUCAAAAAGGCUUACCCCACUCUUACCAGAGUGUUUGGCCCCUUCACCAAGAUGGGCUUGUUCUUUGUGAAGAUCUGUGAGAAGUUUGGCUGGAGACGUAUAAGCAUUAUCUACGACCACAGACCUGCCUGGAUCAUUCCUGCUGAGGGAAUCAGGUACCAAGCUGAAGUCAAUAACAUCACUGUGGCUAAAUACCUGGCAUUUCAAACACCUCUCGGGCAAGACAACACUCACACAGCCCUCACACAAGCGCGCAUGCUACAGGAGGUUGCCGAGGUGUCUCGCAUCAUAGUGAUCUCAGCGCGUGGGGAGGUGGUCAGGGACUUCCUGGUCGAGGCCCACAGGAGAGGCCUCACCACAGGGGACUACGUCUUCUUCUGCUUCGAGCCCUACAGGCUGGAGGAGAUGUUUGGCAACUUUGACUGGAAAAAAGGGGAUGUGGAUGACUCAGUGGCUAAGCAGGCCUACCAGGCUCUGUUUCUACUCUCUCUGUACAAACCCAACGACCAGAGGUACUGGAACUUCUCCAAUGACGUCAUCCGCAGAUCCAGAGAGGACUUUGGCUAUGCCUACGCACCCAACGAAAAGGUGUCGGUGCUGGCAGCCAUAGCCCAUGACUCUGUAUGGCUGUAUGCUCAGGCUCUGAAUGAGACCCUGGCGGAACGCGGAGACCCAUACGACGGCUUCACCAUAACCCGCAAGAUGUGGAAUCGAACCAUCACAGGUAUCCAGGGUGACGUUACCAUGGACGCCAAUGGAGACAGGGAGUCUGCCUAUAUGAUGAAGCACAUCCAGGGUGGAGAGAACGACAGGGAGUUCAAAGUAAUCGCCAAUUACUUUGGUACGAAUAAGGCUUAUGAGCCAGUGGAGGGGGUCCAAGUCUACUGGCCAGGAGGGAGGAAGACUCCACCAAAGGACACACCCCACUUUGGCUUCAAAGAUGAGCUCUUCAUCAAUAUUGAGAAGAGGUUUGCGAUAGCUGUGGGGACCAUUGCUGUUUUCCUGGCCACCGGGACACUUAUCGUUUGUCUUCUCUACAGGAAGCACAUCAUCCAGAAGAAGGUGUCUGUGGUCCUAUGGAGGAUUAGCCCCGGUGAUGUCACCAUGAUGGGGCACAGCUCAUCCUCGGCAGGAAAGGUACCGUACCUCAAUUCCAAGUCCAUCCAUGCUUCUCUGGAGUCAAUCCUGGGAGAUAUUAAGGACAAACCAUCCUCCCACGGAACGGCUGUCUAUAAAGAGAACAUCUGUUCAGUGCGACUGCUGAAUGUGAAGAGUGUAUGUCUGAACAGAGAGCUGCUCACUGAACUGAAGCAGUGUAGAGAUUUGAGCCACCCAAACAUCUGCAGCUUCAUUGGUGCUUGUCUGGAACCUCCACAGCUCUUUCUGCUGACUGAGUACUGCCCUAAAGGGAGCCUGCAGGACAUUUUGAAGAAUGGUUCCAUUAAGCUUCACUGGAGCUUCAAGUUCUCCCUGAUGCUGGACAUUGUCAAGGGGAUGGACUACCUGCACCGCAGCCCCCUGCGCUCCUAUGGUCACCUGUCGUCAUCUAACUGCGUGGUGGAUAGUCGCUUCGUCCUAAAGGUGACCGACCAUGGCCUCAGUCUCCUCAGAAGACCCGCCGGCCAGGACGAGGAGGGCUGGUCUAAAGAACACUGGACAUCCUUGCUGUGGAGGGCCCCGGAACUGCUGAGGGACAGCAUGCCCUCCUCUGGCACCCAGAAGGGGGAUGUCUACAGUUUUGGCAUUAUUGUUCAGGAGGUGGUGUACCGCAGGGGCCCUUUCCAUAUCCCCAACAACAACCUCGAGGCAAGAGACAUAGUGGAGGGGGUCAAGGCCGGGGUGUGUGUGGGGGGCGGAGGUAGCCCCCUCAGGCCCCACACGGACAAGGCAGAGUGUCCAGAGGGUGUGGAGGCUCUGCUGGGGGCGUGCUGGAGUGAGAGGCCCAGUGACCGACCAGACUUCUCCUCCCUCAGAGUGACCGUAAAGAGACUCUGCCCCAGCGGCGUGGGCGAGAACAUUCUAGAUGACCUGCUGUCCCGCAUGGAGCAGUAUGCAACCAACCUGGAGGAGGUGGUCAGCGAGCGCACCGCCCAGCUCCUGGAGGAGAAGAGGAGGGCCGAGGGCCUGCUCACUCAGAUGUUGCCACGAUUUGGUUUCUGUAUUUAUAGAUCGGUGGCCGUCCAGCUGAUUGCUGGGAAGACGGUGCGGGCGGAAACCUACGACUCUGUCACCAUCUAUUUCAGUGACAUCGAAGGAUUCACCGCCAUGUCGGCCAGUCUCACGCCAAUGCAGGUGGUGAACGUGCUGAAUGACCUGUACACGUACUUUGACAAUAUCAUCGACCACCACGAUGUUUAUAAGGUGGAGACCAUUGGCGACGCGUACAUGGUGGUAUCUGGCCUGCCCAUUAGAAACGGGGACGACCAUGCGAAGGAGAUCGCCCGCAUGUCUCUGGCAGUGGUGCGGGGCAUGAGACAGUACAACAGUCCACACGUGCCUCAGCAGCAACUCAAAGUCCGCAUUGGACUCCACUCAGGUCCAUGUGUGGCUGGUGUAGUGGGACUGAAGAUGCCCCGGUUCUGUUUGUUCGGAGACACAGUUAACACUGCCUCACGGAUGGAGUCGCACGGCUCACCAUUGAAGAUCCAUGUGAGCAGCUCCACUAAAGCUCUCCUGGACACAUUUAGGACGUUCCGCUGUGAGCUGAGAGGAGACAUCCACAUGAAGGGGAAAGGGCUUGUGAGGACAUUCUGGCUUUUGGGAGAAGACCAAUGAAAAUGUGAUGUUUUCUGUAAUUUGAUUUGGUCCGUCUCUCAGAAGUAAAGAUCAAAUCUUUAAAAACAAAAUCUGAUAUACAGUUGAAGUCGUAAGUUUACAUACACUUAGGUUGGAGUCAUUAAAACUCGUUUUUCAACCAUUCCACAAAUUUCUUGAUAACAAACUGUAGUUUUGGCAAGUCGGUUAGGACAUCUACUUUGUGCAUGACACAAGUCAUUUUUCCAACAAUUUUUCACAGACAGAUUAUUUCACUUAUAAUUCACUGUAUCACAAUUCCAGUGGGUCAGAAGUUUACAUACACUAAGUUGACUGUGCCUUUAAACAGCUCGGA